AUGGCUUCGGGUUUUGAUGACCUGCUGCCUUCCACCGUGCUCUCGGUGGCCCUCUCGGCCCUUCACCAAGUCCAGCAGCGAAGCCGCACGCAUCGCACGCUAGCCCAGUGGGCCGUCGCACUACGCGCCUUCGACGACGCCUUCGAGUGGGAGGAUAGCGGUGAGCAGGAUGGUCCGCCCGUGAAGCGUUCGAGGCAAGUGAAGGAGCGAAGAGAUUGGAGUACCUCGGCGUGGUGGCUGCAGCUCCAAAACGCAGACCUGUUGGACCACACCACAGAGGCGGCGAAGGUCUUCCGCACUCGCUUCCGGGUACCUCACGCCUUCUUUCUAGAACUGGUGAAGAUGGCGAGGGGGAAGAAGUGGUUCUCUGUGCGAGAAAAGGAUGCUGUCGGACGUCGGGGGAUACCAAUUGAACUGAAGUUGAGCUCCUAUCGGUCUGGACUGUUGUUGUUGGUGGUGAACUGCAGCGAUGUGCCGAGCAUUGAGCCGAUGCGUUGGAUCGUAGUGCACAACUUCACCCGCUGGUAUCGGAGAGUACACAGCAGUACUGCUGUGGUGGCAGAACAUGGAUCGAUGGGGAACGUGCCUUGUACCGUCACACGAACGUCGCAUCGCUGGCAUAGGAAGUACUGCUGUAGACGUCCCACAGCCAGGGAAAAACGGCGUACGCUCUGGUUUCGCUUGCACACUUUCCAAACGCGCGGGCACCUACGCGGACACGCCACUACCUUCGACGCAGCGUCGACUAAAAUAUUGACGGCCCUCCAGAUAUUAGGCAGGGGCAACUGCUUCGACGACAUAUGUCAACUGUCUUUGAUGAGCAAGCCGAUGGCGGCGGCUACGUUCCACAAGUUCUGCAAGCACUUUGCGCAGGAGCUGUUCGAGGAGCACAUAUACCUUCCUACCGGAUCGUACCAGGAUGAAGUCAUGUGCAUGUACGACAAGCUGGGGAUGACGGGGGCCAUCGGAUCUACCGACGUGACCCACAUCGGAUGGGGCAUGUGCCCGUUCACCCUUGGCCGUUCUUAUACGGGCAAGGAAGGAUUCCCGACCAUCGCCUACCAAGUGACAGUCGACCACGCGGGUCGAGCCAUCGCGAUCACCAGCGGUUUCACCGGAGCAACUAAUGACAAGACCAUCAUCCGCUACGACGCAGGUGUCCACACCAUCAAGACGGAUGCCCAGUACACGAAGCGCACGUACAAGCUCCGGAGGGCGGAUGGAACAUUUCGGGAGCGCAAGGGGUGCUACUAUAUCGUUGACAACGGGUACCACGAGGUAAAUUCACUUGGCCAUCCUAAUAGAAUGAGAGAGGAUUAUCCCCUGGCGGGAAACACUCGAGCAGGGCUACUGUAGUUCAACCGUAGGCAGACCCAGUUCACUUUGUCGUUUGUCGGCCUUAGAGAGCGUUGUUUCCGGCGCCAACCAAACAUAAAAAUCUCCUUCCGCUUACGCCUACUUGAUGCCGGGAAAUGGGGACAACGUGGAUGCCACAACGUAACACAUCACACAUCGAUGGUGUGUGUAGAAGUCGGGCAAGU